AUGUUAAGGGUAGCUCGGGCCAAGGAUGCCGACCGUUGGAUAUAUCCCAUAGGCAACACACCAGCCGUCUCUCUAACAGAAGCUCUGCCGCGAAACAGUCCCGCUAAUAUCUUGGUCCUGGGCUGCGGCGACAUACGAAACAUACUCUUCACCACCCAUGUCGACAGUCGAAAGCUGGAUAUCACAUGCUGCGAUCAUCAGACUUCCAUCAUCGCUCGAAACAUGCUCAUUUUGUCCCUCAUAAUCGAUGAUGAGAACGAAAACAAUUCAGAAGCAAUAUGGAGUAUCCAAUACCACAUGUAUCUCAGCCCCUUGGAGACGGAUCUAUUGCGGGAACAUCUGUCAAGCUCUUCAUGGGAAAAGAGCAAGUAUGGCAGACGGCUUCAGUUCUGUGAUGAGCCAACGCUCAAAUUCGUGCGCAGAGAGUGGUCCUGGUACGGAAGCUGUGCACGAGAAGACGAUUCAGAUGUAUUCGUGAGAGAUUACGAGAACAUGAAAGAUUUUGGGGGAGUUCAGUGGGAUCCAGUCUCGGCUGAUAUUCUGUCUUCAGAGAGCAACGUCUCCAAGACCAUGUUACAAUUACACCAGCAUUACCGGAGGUAUGGAAGCCUAGAGCUUGACGCCAGUCGACGAAAACAACGAAAUAAGCUCAAUCGUACGCUUUGUUUUCUUGGAUCCAACAGAGUACUUCAUCCGGAUACGAACCCCCUCCAUGGUUUCCACCUCGCUCUUGCUUACCUCCCACUCAAAGAUGACAAUGAGUUCGGUCGCCAGCUCGGCAGCCUCUCAGGUCCAGAGAGGAUCGUGGCAUCUGCUCGGCUCGAGUUCAAACUGUGGUCCCAUUCUCUUCGCCAAAAUUUAAUGGCAGUUUGCAUUCGCUUUUUUGUAGGAGAUGCAAUAGCUUUUGCGCACACGUUGAAUUACACGCGUAACGGAGGCACAACUACAGCCAACUGGCAACGGACUCCCUACAGAUCUGAACGGUUGGCCCUGAAUGGCUUUGACCGUCUAGAUAACGCAGCUUUGAGCUUUGACGCCAUCGAUACUUGCAAUAUCUUGGACCAUGUCGAUCCACUGAGCUUGCUCGUUGCUGUGUCGCCUUUGCUGCGCUGCAAGGCUUCCUCGGUACUUUAUACACAGAUACCCGUACAACCCGGCAUUUCCAACAAGUACGUGAUGGACUACUUGUUUUCUGGGCGUUUGCAAGCCAUAUCAGCUUUUCUGGGUCUGAGACCCGUGGAAAUGUGGCUCAACACGUCUUCGCGUUCGUACAGUAACAAGUAUUGUUUUCAAGAGCUUGAAGACCGGCGCGGGAAUAGCUACAAAGAGACAAAGGCAAUGUACUACAGAAUGCCAUGGAGGUUGGCGGUCACUGGUCCAAUAAGCCAAGAAAAGCUACCGUGUAUUCAAUUUGAUGAAGCAGAGCUGGCGGAAUUGCUAUUCCACAUCUUCUCAAGACUCUUCCUAGUUGACCAUGAACAAGUCCCUGAACCUGUUGCGAGACUACGCUCAACCGGAUUUCGAUACAAUUACGCCAGCUUCGCGGCAUUCCUUCGAGUGUUGGGAAAUCGUAUGGUGUGUGACUGGGGGAGGGUCAUGCAUGGCUUGCUUCGCAAGAUAGUGGAGGGCUCUGGUAUCAAAGGAACCUACGCCUAUCAGGAGCUCUUCUGUUGGAUACAUAUCUUUGGAGCUGCUCGCAUGACCUGCGACUUCAGGCCAAAGGCGAUGUUCCAGGCUGACCUAACCAAAGUGUUUACGGCACAUCAAAUCAAAGUCCCCACCAGUCCCAAUGGACAAUUGGGAAAUAUCGGCAAGAAAGGCUCCGAAGGCUCCGAAAGCAUCAUCGAAGAGCCCUUCGGUAGUAAAUUCAGAAAAUGGACUCAAGAUCUGGCAGUCGUCUGUAUCACCUUGAGAAUCAUUCCCAAACGAGCAGCCAUGGUUCAAUCAGAAAACGGGCGCCUACCAUUCGCGUCCUGCUUGCUCGUUUCCACCGCAUGGGCAAUCCCUUUCCAGGAAACUUUCAUUGCUUCUGGCAAUUUGGAAACGAAGGGAAAACCAGGCACCUCAUCUUACCACAUCUUCGUCACCAAUACGUAUCCGUACUGGCGCAACGAUUCUCCACUGAUAGUCAGCUUUUAUGUGCCCGUGCAGAGCCUCUUGUUCGAUCCUUCUGGCACGUCGGUAAUAUUCGCAACACAUACAUCGACCACUUACCAGGCAAAGCCCUCCAUAGAACCUCAAACCUACCAUCCACACUUUCAAGUUGGAAUCACUGAGACUGAGAGUGUCUUCGUCACUUGCUUUGCUCCUAAUCAAUCAGGAUAUCCCAUGGUUUCUGGAUUUAACCCGGCCGAGCUUGCGAGGACCAUUAUGAAUCCAUACGCCGCGAUUACACUGUACGGGCAUAUCGAUACGGACAAGGGUGACAUUACUGGAUUGACGGCCCUCUGCAAACUUCUAUCUCACCGAGCACCAAGGUAUCAGAAAGACUAUGAUACUCAAGUCGAGGUGGUCUCCCCAUAUGAAGCCAUCGUCUGUCUCGAACCCAAGGAUUCGCAGAAGCUCUCUAUACGCAUUCCCAUUUCUCUUGCUGUUUGUAUAAGGCGCUCCCAUGGCAAACAAUGUCUUUUUGAUUCUCCGACUGGCGCCGUGGUACUAACGGUGACUGUCGCGCAGUCGACAUCGUUAGCCUGGAAAGAAUUUUCCAGCAUGAAACCGUUUAGAAGGGAUGAUAUGGUGCUAAGCAUUGGACUUAUGUCGUCGCUAGAGCUUGGAAAAUGCUUCAAUGUAGAUGCCAUGAAAGAUGCGGUGACAACUGUGUGGCUCAACGAAAACCUCUACCAUGUAAACCAUGAUGGCAAGACAACGGCACGGCGACCUCUACUCGGGCUACCUUCCACGGAAGAAGACGUUCGACUGGGUUUCGAUCAGUCGUUGUCCUCGGUCUUCCUUGCUCAUGCAAACGGCGAGAAAAGAAUCGCUUUCUUCGGCCGCCCUGACGACAUUCAGUUUGCACUACUUAUAUCGCGUCUCCAGUUCGACGCGGCUUCCUGUCGAGUGAUUCUAGACUGCGCAGUACUGCAAGUGAAUGCAAAGCGCUCACGCGAUCUCUUGGCCAAUAUGAACAAUUGGGCUGACAGAAACGGGAGCAUCGUCAGCAGGCAUGAGCCGAGUGAACUGGUCUUGAGACGGUGGAAGGCCAAUCUCGAAGUCUACAGUGAACAUUGCAGAACCUGGUAUCACAAAAUCAACUGUGAGUAUGCAUCGAGACCCUCGAGAAACGCGAUCACAGUUUCAUCCCAGAUUGGCGACACGGCCUUCUUGUGUUCAUGCGGCAAAGGAGUCUUUCCUCGUGACUACGCCAUUCCCUGGAACUUGUGGUCCAGCCGAGAGACUUUGCUAAAGCUUGCAAUUCGAGCCGCCAUCCCCCUAACCUUUCAGAGUCCAUUCGGUGAUGCUCUAGAAGUCACCCCUCAGAGUUAG